AUGACGUCCGCCGCCGCCGCCGCCCCAAACCAGGCUUUCCAGCCUUCGAGCACCUCGACCGCGACCGCCGGACCCUCGACCCCGAACAAGAGAGAUCUGAAAUCGUGGUGGAAGGGCUUCAAGUUGCCCUCAAAGCAUCAGGAACACCAUGGUAGACACCCUUCUACUUUCGCAUCGCAACUUUCGCCCCCAGUCCAGCCCCUCUUCAGUGAAGAUGUCGACGACAAGAUGGAUACAUCGCCCAUCCCGCUCAGUCGUGUCCUUGUAUUACAAGACGCAUACAUUAUUGAGCCAGUCGAUCCUCUUCCGCCCAGAUUCGUCGCUUCAAGUGAUGCGACGCCUCCUCCCACCACCUCCUCCCGCCUGGCAGGCGCGAUGUACAGGAUGUCCCUGUCCAUCACCCAGCCUGUGCGCCAAUGUGCCAAGCGGAUCCGCGCAGCUAUGACUACGUCUUUUACUACAGAAGCUAAGCGAUCUACAGUAGAAAACCGACCCCACGGCAUCUUUGGCGUUCCUCUUCGCCAGAGCAUCACCUACGCCAAUGUCGCGAUUUCGCUCGUAGACGAGAACGGAAAGAGUUACAUUUAUGGCUACGUACCGAUCGUCGUCGCCAAGUGCGGCGUAUUCUUGAAGGAGAAGGCAACGACGGUGGAGGGCAUUUUCCGCCUGAGUGGCUCCGAGAAGCGCAUUAAGGAACUGAAACAGAUUUUUGAUUCCCCUGAUCGCUACGGAAAGGGCUUGGUGUGGGACAACUACACUGUUCACGACGCAGCCAACGUCCUUCGACGAUAUCUCAACGACCUUCCCGAGCCUGUUGUGCCCCUGGACUUGUACGAGAAGUUCAGAGAGCCUCUGCGCGGCGCUACGAGGCAAGCGGUCGGCGAUGCUGAGGGUCCCCAGUUCAUCGAAAACUUCGACGAGCAGGCCGCGAUCGCCAAGUACCAGAAGCUCAUCACAGAGUUGCCGCCAUUGAACCGCCAGCUGCUCCUCUACAUCCUGGACUUGCUGGCUGUUUUCGCUGCUAAAUCGGAGGAGAACAGGAUGAACUCCCAGAACCUUGCGGCCAUCUUCCAGCCCGGAAUGCUUUCGCACCCCCAGCACGCAAUGGCCCCCGAGGAAUAUCGUCUUAACCAGCAUGUUCUCAUUUUUCUGAUCGAGAACCAGGAUCACUUCUUGAUCGGCAUGCAAGGCACGGCCACUGACGAGAAGACAAAGCAGCUGAUCGAGAAGGGUACGCCCCCACCUGCGAGUGGGCCAAUCACCCCCAACCCGAACAGGAAGUCGGGUCUGGGUCGGUCUGCUUCCAACGCGAGCGCGGGCGCCGAGAGCGUAAGGAAAGACGGCAUGCUUCGCAGGAAUCGAUCGACGUCUUCGCGACACUCACAUCACGAUGGCUCGACGACGCCGAACAGCCCCGCGCUCGCACCGACCCCUAACAGCGGCCUUGGUAGGAGCAACACGGUCCCUUCCAAAAGAUCCCCAGCUCUCCAGGGUGGCCGAUUCAGGCGUGACGCAUCCCCCAUCCCGGGAUCGUCCCCGAGGGAGCCCAUGAUCCCGUCAACGACAGAGGAGCUUGCCGAGGUACCCGAUCAGUCUCCAUCAGCCUCUACCAUCUCCCCUGCGCCCGCCGCGAUUGGCACGUCCACCUUGGCUCCCAACCCUACCGGUACGGCAGGAAGGAGUCAGGAAAGGCUACUUGAUCCGAACGAGGCCACGACGCCGGUCAAGGAGAGGACUCUUCCCAGCAUCUUCCAAAGAUCCCCAACUGGAGAAGGCGAGAAGAGGCAACCCAAUAAGCUCAAGAAGAAGCGGAUACCAGGAAGCUUGAACCCUAGCGCGCAAAGUUCCGCCGCGUCUUUGCCAGGUACGCACUCUGCCGCAGUUUCGCCCAACGUCGAGGCCCCGAAUCCUCUGGAGCAGGUGGGCGGUCCAAUCCCCGAGCAUGAUACCCUGCCCAUCAGAGAGAAAUCCUCUGCUGGGGACACACCAUCGGAACCCACUCCGCGUGCUUCUCAAGUCCCUUCAACCAACACCCUGCACCCAGAGCAAACCCUCAAGGGAAAGAAGUCACCACCAACGUCCCUUCACUCAUCCUUCAAUGAAGGUUCUGACAUUGAUCAGACUGAAGAGUCCAUCAUGACGACGUCGGCGGAAGCGAUAGACCAAGAAAAAGACAAGAAAAGGAGAUGGAGACUGUCCCGUCAGAAGAACGACGGCCAUCCGUCGGUGACGUCGCCUCGCUUGGCAUUCGGAUCCAACGACAACGCUGAUGUCAGCGUUACCUCGAUUGGCAGCAGUGGGUAUAAGCCACGCAAGAGCUUCACUGGUGAAAGCUCCGAACAAGGCAUGCAUAACUCAGAUAGUCACGAGUCCGGCAGAGAUAAGGAUGGCAAGGACGAUUCUAAGGGCCCUAUCGGUUGGAUUAGGAACAAAUACCGAGAGGCCAAGGAGAGUGCCGAACAAAGGCGAAACAAGUCGCCGCCGGCAGAUAGGCAGUCCUCUUUGGGCGGCUCUAGCAUUAUGUCAGGUCGAGGCAAGAGCUUGGAUAUCCGAAGGGAGCCGGAGGAGAAGGCACAGCAUCCGGCUCUGCCGUCAUCUCCGCCUCAAGCGCCGGUAUCUCAACCGCCGCCGAUUCCAGCGUCUACGCAGUCCCAAACUGCUCACCCUCAGCCCGCCCAGCAGACAGCUCAACCACAGGCCGCGCCCCAGGUUUCUCAGCCGCAGCAAGCUCAGGCCUCGGAAUCACAAACGGCUCAACCACAACCCCAAGCCGAGGAAUCACGGUAG